CAUUUUAUGAUCCUGAACCAAAGGUUUUAUUUUUUAUUCGCAUGCAUAGUUCUAUUCCUGGGAGAAGUUGGAAUACAGAAUAUACAGAGACAUGGUUUUAGGUAUCAGGAUUGGAUCAGCUGUGAGCCUGUGACGGAUACCAAUUCCAUUACCUUAUCAAUAGUAGCAGAACAGGGGAAGGCAAAAUGGUUCAAAAAAACCGUGUUGGUAUUUUGAGGAGCAUAAUAGUUCUGCCGUAUUGGUAUUGGUAUUGGUAUUGGUAUUGGUAUUGGUAUUGGCAUUGGCAUUGAUAUUGGUAUUGAUAUCGGUAUCGAUAUCGGUAUCAGCGGCGACCUAUACUGGUGACAGCACCAUGGGCUGAAACCCUGCAGAGACAUUUAAUGGUUAUAAGCAGGUUGAACCAGUUGACCCACCUGCCUGAUUUUCAUCGAUUUGAAUGGUUUGCCACCCGCUCCGUUGUUUUACGUUAGCUCUCUAGCUCAAACAUCACUCAUAAUUUUGAUAGACAUUGAUCCAGCUCCCAAGCAAUGUCUAUGGAGGUCAUGAAUGGUGUGGGAAGAGUUCUGUCCGGACUCCAGAGUGUGGCUCCUUCAUCAGCAUGGGGCUAAUGGUAAUGUACCUGGAAUUGGGGAAGCAUCAAUAUGGUGGAUAUUAUCUCCUUUCGUGGGAGUUGGACUGUCAUUUUGCCUCCAUCUCUAUCUGGGCGCUGCCUUUACACUCUGCACAUCUCUUUCCAUUUUAUCUUAUCAAAGUGGGCCCAUUAAAUAUCUUAAGGUUCGUAGAUUUAUUCCUUCGAUGGUUAAGAUGGCUCCUUACAGCCGUUAGAUUAUUCAACCAAGAAUAGGAUUCGAUCUCUUGACCACUGCUCCUGAUGGGCAAAUAAGCUCAACUAUUAAACGAUAAGAUUAUUUUAUUCCUUGGCUCCGACAUGGCUCUGGUGGCGCCACCAAUCUCCGCCCAUCACCGCCACCAUCAACCAGGGCUUUACAGACCUUUCAAGAACACUGUCACGGCUACUGACGACAAUUCUUUGCGCUCCCUUUUCCUGCCAACAAGAGUUUCUCUUUCUUCUUUAGUUUCAAUCGAAACCCAUCAGAGCCGCUGCGACUCUCUUGCCAUCACUCCACUCGAUACUUCAGACCAUCAAUCUUCUUUCUCUGAAGAGAUAAACAAGUUCUGCCAAUCCGGAAAUCUCUACGAGGCUUUGCUUCUUCUGCAGAGACACCCCAACGAUGGCACCAUUAGCUUCCAACAGCGAGUUGAUGGCAUUGGUGCUCUGUUACAGGCCUGCGGCCAAAGGAAGGACAUCGAGGUUGGUCGGCGAGUCCACGAGAUGGUGCAGGCUACGAGUCAAUUCAGAAAUCACUUCGUUCUCAAUACCCGUCUCAUUACAAUGUACUCUAUGUGUGGGUAUCCGUUGGAUUCUCGUGUCGUCUUCGAUCAAUCACGCAAGAGGAACUUGUUUCAGUGGAAUGCGCUUAUCAGUGGUUACACAAGGAAUGAGCUCUGGGAUGAGGCACUAGUUGUGUUCUUUGAAUUACUCUCAGUUACCGUUCUUAGACCGGAUAAUUUCACCUUCCCAUGCGUUCUCAAGGCUUGCGCUGGGCUUACUUGCUUGAGAUUGGGGCAGUCAGUCCAUGGCAUGGCAGUGAAGAUGGAGAUUAGUUCGGAUGUAUUUGUGGGAAAUGCUUUGAUUGCCAUGUAUGGUAGGUGUAGAGUUCUAGAAGAGGCAGUUAAAGUGUUUAGGAGUAUGCCUGUGAGAAGCUUGGUUUCUUGGAACACUAAGAUUUCUGUGUUUUCGGAAAAUGGGUUUGUAAGGCAGAAUUUUGAUUUGUUAAGGGAGAUGAUGGCGUGCGAGGAAGAUUUGAGAAUAGAUGAUGCAACACUUGUUACGAUAUUGCCGGUGUGUGCAGGGGAAGGAGAUGUAGAAAUGGGUAGGGUGGUUCAUUGCUUGGCUGUGAGAUUGGGUCUGAGUCGGGAAAUUGCAGUGAACAAUGCCUUGAUUGAUAUGUAUACCAAAUGUGGAUGUUUAGCUGAUGCCUGUAUCCUAUUUGAAAAAAGCAAGCCAAGGAAUGUUGUUUCUUGGAAUGCCAUGAUUGGAGGAUAUUCUAGAGAAGGGGAUGUGUUUGGAACUUUCAAUCUUCUACGCCGAAUGCAUAUGGAAGAGGAGGUAGGGGCAACUAGAUUGAAUGUCAUCACAAUCCUGAAUGUGUUGCCAGCUUGUUUAGAGAAGUCAGAGUUCCGGAGCUUGAAGGAGCUUCAUGCCUAUACAUUCAGAAAUGGGUUUCACUUUGAUGAUUUGGUGGCCAGUGCUCUUCUUGCUGCUUAUGCUAAAUGUGGGUCGCUUAGCUCUGCAAAUGAUGUUUUUUACAACCUGCCCACUAAAACCGUUAGUUCUUGGAAUGCAAUCAUUGGUGGGUAUGCACAGAAUGGAGAUCCAAGUACGGCAAUUGAUUUAUUCCUCAAAAUGAUGCACUCAGGUCUAGAGCCCGACCGGUUUACAAUUGGUAGUAUACUCUUAGCUUGUGCCAACAUGAAAUCCUUCAAGUAUGGAAAAACAAUUCAUGGAUUUAUCCUGCACCAUGGGUUGGAAAUAGACUCAUAUAUUGGAAUUUCCCUAAUUACACUUUACAUUCGAUGUGGAAGAACAUCGUCUGCACGUUCUUUGUUUGACAGGAUGGGGGAGAGAAAUCGAAUAGCAUGGAAUUCAAUGAUCAGUGGGUACUCACAAAAUGGACACCCAGAUGAAGCCCUUGAUCUCUUUCGUCAGAUGGUGCAGGAAGGAACCCAUCCUUAUGAGAUUGCAAUAACAAGCAUUUUUGGGGCAUGCACACAGUUAUCAGCUUUGCGUCUUGGAAAAGAGAUCCAUUGUUUUGCUUUGAAAGAGGACCUCACUGCAGACCCUUAUGUUGGAAGUUCAAUUCUAGACAUGUAUGCAAAGAGUGGUUGCAUUGGUCAAUCUCGUAAGGUGUUCGACAGAUUGAGGGAGAAAGACGUGGUAUCAUGGACUGUUCAAAUCACAGGGUAUGGAAUAAAUGGAUGUGGAGAAGAGGCAAUAAAUCUAUUUGAAAGGAUGCAGAGAGAAGGUUUGAAGCCUGAUGGGUACACAUAUGUUGGUAUUUUAAUGGCAUGUAGCCAUGCUGGGUUGGUUGAAAUGGGUCUGAAAUACUUUGUAGAGAUGCAGAAUGAGUAUAGAAUAGAGCCAAGAUUAGAGCAUUAUGCAUGUGCAGUGGACAUGCUAGGUAGAGCUGGACGCUUAGAUGAAGCCGUCAGACUGAUAGAGAGAAUGAACGAGGAACCAGAUGCUGGAAUUUGGGCCGCUUUGCUCAGUGCUUGUAGAAUUCAUGGUGAUGUGCCUCUGGGGAUGAAAGUUGCUGAUAAGUUGCUAGAGCUAGAACCUGACAAACCAGAAAACCACAUCUUACUUUCAAAUUUGUUUGCUGGAUCAGGAAGGUGGGAUGAUGUGAGAAGGAUUAGAGGGAGGAUGAAGGACAUGGGCCUGCGGAAGGAUGUAGGCUGUAGUUGGAUUGAAGUCAAAGGGAAAAUUUACAGCUUUGUGGUAGGUGAUGAUGCACAUCCUGCGUCAGAAGAGAUAUGCAAAAUGUGGAGAACAUUAGAAGAGAAGAUAGUUGGACUUGGAUAUGUACCUGAUACAAAUUCAGUGCUGCAUGCAUUGACUGAACAUGAAAAGGCAGAGGUAUUACGUGGGCAUAGUGAGAAGCUGGCGAUUUCUUUUGGGCUGUUGAAUACUCCCAAAGGUGUGACCGUGAGAAUCUGUAAGAACCUCCGAAUUUGUGUGGAUUGCCACAAUGCAGCCAAGUUGGUGUCUAAAGUGGUGGAGAGGGAUAUUGUUGUGAGAGAUAACAAAAGGUUCCACCAUUUCAGGGAUGGGUUCUGUUCCUGUGGGGACUACUGGUAGGUGAUGGAAGGGUGAAGAUGCUUCUCAUCUUUGGUGGUGGGUAGUUAAAAUGUUCUAAAUGUAACAAAUAUAUGACACUGCGUUCUUUGAGAGACUUCAUGAAUGGUAUAACUUUCUUGCAGUGCUUGUAGGCUGGUCAAAUUGCGUUGCUAAAUUCUUCUAUCAUACAUCUAUAGUUGGGUUGUUGUUGUAUACUUCACUUAUUAUGAAAAAUACUUAUUUAAAUGAGAGGGACUCUGUUUUAUGAUAUGCAA